AUUAUUUAGAAAUAAAAAAUAAAUAAAAAUUUAAAAAAAUACGUAUAAUUAUAAAAUCAAAAAUGAAAGAGGUGAACAGCGAUCUACGGCGGUUCCUGAACUGGGGCCCACCCACCGUAUUAUUGAUGACUUUUUUCGUCCUUCACAUAACGUUAACGAUGAAUUCGAUGUGGUGGCCAGCCAGGACGAACAUAUUGGCUAAGAUAAACUAUGGCCUGAUCUGGUUCAACACGCUGGGCAUAAUCUACAACUUUAUGCGGGCGUUCUUUUCGGGGCCCGGCUAUCUGCCCCGCAAUUGGCGCCCGGAGAAUCCAAGGGACGUGGAUUUUCUACAAUUUUGCAAGAAAUGUAGGGGCUAUAAGGCGCCUCGAUCCCAUCACUGUCGCCGCUGCGACCGGUGCGUCCUCAAGAUGGAUCACCACUGUCCUUGGAUCAACAACUGUAUAGGAUGGAACAACCAGGCUAACUUUAUCCUGUUUCUGAUGUUCUUUUUAUCUGGAGCUAUUCAAUCGUCCUGGAUUCUGGCGUACGCUCUUAUUCGGGGCAUUACUAAGAAAUGGUUGAUCAAAAAUGGAUAUGAACACUUAGCUACGGUGACACUGAGCUUCUACAGUGCCUCUGCGAGUGUAUUUGCCAUUGCCAUUGCCAUCGGUGUGGCAAUAGCUUGCCUAAAACUACUUCAAAUGCAGGUAAAGGUGCUUCUCCGUAAUCGUACCGAUAUCGAAAACUGGAUAGUAUAUAAGGCAAAAUGUCGCCGCGAUAGGGACGUUAACAUAGAACCCUUUGUAUAUCCAUACGAUCUGGGUUAUAAAGAGAACAUAAAUGAGGUCUUCUUCCCCAACAAUGAUGGAAUAAGCUUUCCAGUAAGAUCCGGUUGCAAUCAGUUCACAUUGACGAUUGAACAACUGGCACAAAAGAAGGAAAAGCGAGCAAAUACCCAACUAUUCAAAUGCAUUCGUCCAUUCACCGGCCAUUGGGUGCCGAUAUUCUCUCAGGGCUUGAUCGUGUCCUUGCAGACGCCCUGCACAGAUGAUCCUCGCAUCGCCUUGGAGCUAGGAGAUCGCAUUAAAGUGACUCGUUUCAAGUCCUCUUGGCUUUACGGGGAAAGGGCAAUCACCGAGGAAGAGAAGCAUGGCUUAAUACGCGAAGGUGCCAUUCGAGGUUGGUUUCCUCGUUGCUGUGCCAUUCACAUUCCUAAGUGCAAGGUUUUGGGAAGGCGUAAAUCUACUGGUGCUCGCCCUAUAAAUUCCAACAACGAAGAAGAAACAGAAACCGAUUUUGACACCACCAAUGAUCAAGACAGCUUGGACGAUUUCCAAGCUGGAGGAGAACCUGUACAGCAAUUGAUGCGAGCCAUGAAUAUGCCUUGCGAAGAUUAAGACCGUGAGAAAUCCCAGUUGCCCUGUUAAUUCCAGCAACACAUUGUUUAAAAUAUAAAUUGUUUCGUUCAACCGCCGCAUUAAUCAUUUAAUACUUAAUGCUUAAUGAUUUUCAAUAUUGUAAAAUUAAUAUUCCGAUUAAUAAAUGCUUUUGUCAAACCAA